AUGGCUCUGAGAAUAAUAAUUGGCGCUUUGAAGAGAGCAUACCCGAGAGUGCCGGUGAUGACCACAGACGAGCUACAGCAUUUAAUGAAGAAGACCGCAUCACAGUCAGGUUACAGAAAGCUUGUCUUGUUGGUAAGCAAUAGAUGUUCUCUGUUUGUAUACUGUGUACAUCGGCAGACCUCGGUGCGCAGUUUCCAAAGAGUUCAGGAGAAUCUAUCCCUUGUUAUCGGGUUGCGUUGCCCUUGCGGUUAGUUUCAUUUAUCGAGAACUAAAGCUAAAGUAUGUACAGGAAUCCUUGUCACGGCUUUCGACGCCAUCUUGUCGAGUUGGCGAACGCGUGAGAAAUUACAAUGUUUGUAUGAGAAUCUAAUGUCGAAUAAUUUCCUUCACUUGGUGACCGAUUUGGGGAGUUGGGGAUUGCGCCUUGGAAUUUGUGAGCAUCACAACAUCACAAUUUGGGUACUAAAUUUAAAGGCAAGAGAGAAGGUGUGAGUGUACCAUAAUAAAUCUUCCUAGCGUUGGCAAUAUCAUAAUGCCACAUAGGAACAUUCAAAAGAUAUCGCUCAGUAUGAAAUAAUGGUUAAUAAUCUCUUAGGCUCCGGGGAGUUUUGGUAAUCAUUGAUUCAUUUAUUUGCUGUUCACCGAUUUCAAUAGUGGUAAUUUGUUGUCUUGCGAGGGUGAUUUAUUUGGAAAGCCGUGUUAUUUUGCUUUGAUUUCGCGUUAUCAUGUUAAAACAAAAGAACUAUUUAAGAGUCUUUUUUCAUUGUUUACUUGAUGAUACAUCACAGGAUAGCCGAUACCAUAAAUCACCGACGUAUUUCCGGUCGUCGCUUCUUUGGCUCAAUUAUUUGUGCGUGGCUUAGUGUGAUAGUUUGUUGAGACAAAAGAGUUAAUGAAAACAGUUUGUUCAGAGGGAGCCCGCACAAUCUGUUUGUGUAGUAGCCUGAAUUUCAUCCGAUUACUUCGAAUCGUUAUUACUCCCUCCUCUCUCAGUAACGUCUGAAUGGACCAGCCGUUAAUGCCGUCCAGUGACGUCACUACUCCUUGACCUUUGUUAAUUCAUGCAAAAAGCAAAACACGAUUUUCAAGUGGCAAACCGAGAAAUAUCGUUUGGAAAUGUCGGCAUGAUACAGAACUGCUUUAUUUUUUUCGAUUGUAGUUCAUGUUUAGCGUUCAAACUAUCAACUGCAUGCGGUACAACUCUGAUACGGUUGUACUAAAUUCUACAAAAAUCGGUCGCAAUCACGCAAUGAAAUAAACACACACAUGCAACACUUAGUUCAAAAACACAAUGAUUUGCUUUAAUUGAAAAGAAGCUAUUUGGUCCUUAACGAAGAAAAAAAAAAGGAGGCAAGAAAGAAAAGCUAACAGAAUCAUCACACUUGACGGUAAAAAUAGCAAGAAGGUCGAAUUAUAACAUUGAUCUCAGAAAACUUCACGUAAACAAAAUCACCGGCCGCCGAAACCACAAAGCGGCUCUGAAUGAAAACUCACCUGCCGACUCUCCGCGAUGAUUCUUCAUUCGCAGUUCAAUUUAGCAUUUCAGUUUCGAAGACAAGGCAAUUUUGCCGGCUUAUAGAAAAUGUUUGAACUAACCGAAAGAAUGCCAGGGAUGCGAUCCGCUGAAUAUCAAAUGACAAUCCCGCUAAAAUUGCUCGAGUUAUUCCUUUAUUUAAAUCUGGUGAACAGGAUAUAUUUACGAACUACCGACCAGUGUCUGUUUUACCAGCAUUCUCUAAAAUCCUAGAGAGAGUAAUGUACAAUCGUCUUUUAAGGUUUCUUAAUAAUCAUAACAUUCUCUCUGACAAUCAGUAUGGUUUUCGCAAGCAUCACUCCACUGCUUAUGCUCUUGCUUGUUUAUAUGACAAAAUCUCUUCCGCUAUUGAAAAUAAGGAAUGCACAGUUGGUAUUUUUAUAGACUUGUCUAAAGCCUUUGACACCGUUGAUCAUAACAUUUUAAUUUCAAAAUUAGAGCAUUAUGGUGUUCGUGGCACUGCACUUAGAUGGUUCAAAAGCUAUCUAAGCAAUAGACAACAAUAUGUCGAAUUUAAUAGUAUCAGUUCAGAGUCUUGCGAAAUAAAGUGCGGGGUGCCUCAGGGCUCUAUACUAGUCCCCCUGCUUCUAUUCUAUAUAAAUGAUCUGUGUAACGUGUCAAAGGUCGUGGACUUUAUUCGUUUUGCUGAUGACACAAACAUGUUUUUCUCCCACAAAGAUUUUAACUUGCUUCCUGAAAUCUUGAAUUCUGAAAUGCUUAAAUUAACCCAAUGGUGUCCAGCAAAUAAACUGUCCAUUAACUUUCAAAAAUCAAAUUUUAUGGUCUUUAGACCUCGCCAAAGGAGGCAAACACUUGAUAUAUCUAUUCAAAUUGACAACAAUGUUAUUGAACGUGUGAAAGAAACAGUAUUUUUAGGUGUUAUCCUCGAUGAGCAUUUGUUAUGGAAGCCUCACAUUCUUAGCGUUUUUCUAGAAAAAUAUCAAAAUCAAUAGGUAUUAUUUAUAA